GCUUUUGGUAGUAUCGCAUUCGCUCCCCGCUGUGUUAUCCACUAAAACUCGAAGUGUCCUUGUUGAAGCAAACAUACCUUCUUCAUCAGCAACCUUCCCAUCAAAAUCUCUCAAAUUUCGUCUCCAUUUUCCUCGAUAAACUUGGUUAACUUUUGCUAGCACAUGCCAGAUUUCAAAUGGCAAUUUCAAUACCUAAUAACUUCAUAGCUCUCACACAGCCUUCCAAUCUUUCAAUCAAUCGGAGGCAACUCUCUUCCUCUCGAAUAUUCACCAACCGUAGUUUCCACUCCAGCGGCGCUGGAAUAUGCAGAGCGAAAGCUCGGGAGAUUGUCCUCGGAAACCCGGCGGUGACAGUAGAGAAAGGAAAGUACAGCUACGACGUUGAAACACUAAUCAACAAGCUAAGCAGCCUCCCGCCACGUGGCAGCAUCGCGAGAUGUCUGGAUGUCUUCCGUAACAAACUUUCGCUAAAAGACUUCGCUUUAGUGUUCAAAGAGUUCGCUCACCGCGGCGAUUGGCAACGGUCCCUCCGACUCUUCAAAUACAUGCAGCGCCAGAUAUGGUGUAAGCCGAAUGAACACAUUUAUACCAUCAUGAUCAGUCUUUUGGGCCGCGAAGGCUUGCUUGAUAAAUGUCGCGAAGUGUUCGACGAAAUGCCAAGCCAAGGUGUGCCCCGCAGUGUCUUCUCCUACACCGCAUUGAUAAAUGCUUACGGGCGGAACGGUGCGUAUGAUGUUUCUCUUGAAUUACUAGCCAAAAUGAAGAAAGACAAAGUUCUGCCGAGUAUCUUAACUUAUAACACCGUGAUUAAUGCGUGCGCAAGGGGUGGGUUGGAUUGGGAGGGUUUGUUAGGGUUGUUUGCGGAAAUGAGACAUGAGGGAAUACAACCUGAUAUUGUUACUUAUAACACUCUGCUUAGUGCUUGUGCUGAUAGGGGUUUAGGCAAUGAGGCGGAAAUGGUUUUUAGGAAUAUGAAUGAAGGUGGGAUAUUGCCGGAUUUAACUACUUAUAGUUAUCUUGUUGAGACAUUUGGGAAGUUAGGAAAGCUGGAGAAGGUUUCUGAGUUACUUAAGGAAAUGGAGUUGGGAGGGAAUUUGCCGGAUAUCAUGUCAUAUAACGUGUUGUUAGAGGCUUAUGCUAACUCAGGGUCAAUCAAGGAGGCGAUGGGUGUGUUUAGGCAGAUGCAGGCGGCAGGAUGUGUGCCAAAUGCAGGUACCUAUAGUAUUUUGUUGAAUUUGUAUGGGAGGAAUGGGCGGUAUGAUGAUGUCCGUGAACUUUUUCUUGAGAUGAAAGCUAGCAAUACAGAGCCAGAUGCAGCUACUUAUAAUAUUUUGAUACAGGUUUUUGGAGAGGGUGGGUAUUUUAAGGAGGUAGUGACAUUGUUUCAUGAUAUGGUGGAGGAGAAUGUUGAACCUAACAUGAAGACUUAUGAUGGUUUGAUAUUUGCUUGUGGGAAGGGAGGUCUUCAUGAGGAUGCCAAGAAAAUUCUACUUCACAUGAAUGAAAAAGGGAUAGUACCUAGUUCCAGGGCUUAUACGGGUGUUAUUGAGGCUUAUGGACAGGCAGCAUUAUAUGAGGAAGCUCUAGUUGCCUUUAACACAAUGAAUGAAGUAGAGAGCAAACCAACCAUUGAAACUUACAAUUCACUGCUUCAGACUUUUGCAAGAGGUGGAUUGCAUAAGGAAGCUGAAGCAAUUUUGUCUAGAAUGAAUGAGGCUGGUAUUGCAAAGAGCAGGGAUUCCUUCAAUGCUUUGAUUGAAGCAUAUAGGCAAGGAGGCCAGUUUGAGGAUGCUAUCAAGGCUUAUGUAGAGAUGGAAAAGGCAAGAUGUGAUCCUGAUGAACGAACCCUUGAAGCAGUUUUAAGUGUAUAUUGCUUUGCAGGCCUAUGUGAUGAGAGCAAUGAGCAAUUCAAGGAAAUCAAAGCUUUAGGAGUUUUGCCCAGUGUCACAAGCUACUGCAUGAUGCUGGCUGUUUAUGCAAAGUGUGACAGGUGGGAUGAUGCCUAUAAGUUACUUGAUGACAUGCUUGCGAACAAAGUGUCAAAUAUUCAUCAAGUAAUUGGGCAGAUGAUAAGAGGAGAUUUUGAUGAUGAUGGAAAUUGGCAGAUGGUAGAGUACAUCUUUGACAAACUUAACUCUGAAGGAUAUGGCUUUGGAAUAAGGUUCUAUAAUGCGCUUUUGGAAACACUUUGGUGGCUUGGUCAGAAAGAACGAGCUGCAAGGGUGCUCAAAGAAGCAACAAAGAGAGGCCUAUUCCCUGAACUUUUCCGUAAAAACAAACUUGUAUUUUCUGUGGAUGUGCACAGGAUGUGGGAAGGUGGCACUUAUACAUCAAUGUCAAUUUGGCUCAACAAUCUGCAUGAGAUGUUUUUGAGUGGCAAUGAUCUUCCUCAACUUGCUACUGUGGUUGUUGCACGGGGCCUGAUGGAGAAAUGCGCAACUGCUCAUGAUAUUCCAGUUGCUAGGGCUGCCUAUAGAUUCCUGCAGGAUAAUUUUUCGUCAUCAUUUUCUUUUCCUGGGUGGAACAAUGGUCGAAUUGUUUGUCAACGGUCUCAGCUCAAGCGAAUGUUGUCUGCUACAAACUCAUCUUCAGAUGGAUCCAAAGAGGAUAAUAUAAUUGCUUUAAGUAACUCCCCUAUUCCUUCUAUGGCAUUCAAGUGAUUUUGUAGUAAUUUAGAGUAUAGCUAACAUAACAAUGUGAUCUUUGAAACAUAAAUAAGAACAAGAACCGAGCUUUAGGUCUGUACAAUUUAAUUAGAAGCACAAAAUUAUUCAUCAGUUUUCACUGAACAA